AUGGGUCUGAGCACCGACUUCCCAGACCCAACCUUCCUCAAAGCAGCAGAUGGAAAGUGGUACGCCUUUGGAUCAAAUGGAAACGACAAACGGAUUCAAGUUGCAAAAUCCACCGACUUCAACACAUGGACACUUCUAAAUAUCGACGCCCUCACCACACUAUCAACGUGGGAGACGGAUAAGGAUCAUUGGGCACCAUCCGUGAUUCUACGACAUAUCAAAAUGAGCCAAGCAAAUAAACAAACACUCACAAAUGCUCAGGACGACGGAAAAUACGUCAUGUACUACUCUGGCGAAUCCAAAUUAAGCAUAGGGCACCAUUGCAUUGGCACUGCUAUUUCCGAGAGUCCAACAGGACCAUACAUACCCAGCAACACACCGCUCUCCUGUCGUCUAAACCAAGGAGGUUCAAUUGACCCCUCCGGCUUCCAAGAUGCAGAUGGCACACGCUACGCCGUCUUUAAAGUGGACGGUAACAGCAUCGGGCACGGUGGAGACUGUAAUAAUGGCAUUGAGCCACUAGUCCAAACGCCAAUAAUGAUACAGAAGCUACAAGCAGAUGGUGUGACGCCUGUUGGAGACGCGGUACAGAUUCUAGAUCGGGAUACGGUUGAUAAUGACGGACCGCUCGUUGAGGCGCCGAGUCUUCUGCUGCAUCAAGGUGUUUAUUAUCUUUUUUACUCAACACAUUGCUAUACCGAUAAAGCGUAUGACUUGAGAUGGGCAACGGCUAGUAGUAUUGGUGGACCGUAUCGAAAGAAGAAUGUUCAGUUGUUGGAGACGGGGCAGCAUGGUCUGACGUCUCCUGGUUCGGCUACGGUUUGUGGAUGUGGAGAUCGGAUGCUGUUUCAUGGCUUUUGUAAUUCUGCAAAGACGACCAGGUGCAUGUAUGUGGCGGAUGUGAGCCUUUCUGGUGAAGAUGCGGUGAUUUCUUAA